CUUCCCCAAAGAGCAGGUACUACAGCUGACAUUUCUAGUUCGUAUUCAUCGAUAAGGAGUGGUUGCAUGCAGGCGAUGACUCAUCAGCUACCUCUCAGUCAGAACGUACAUAUGACCCAAAGUCGACCACUUUCGCUGGACUGUCCAGCAUAUGAGCUGUAGCUCAGCACCAUGGUAAAGCCACACAGUUACUCGAUUGUGCGUCUUCCGAAAUCGCACGACUACCCACAGACAUGGCAGGUACUCAUCGCCAAACAAAAAACCCUGCGUCUCCAGUCCCUACUCACCUCGCCCGAAGCCUUCGGGUCAACCUACGAAAGGGAAAGCACGUUCACAGAUGCCGAAUGGGAAGCCCGCCUAAAGAACCCGAUUGCCCACACCCUCAUCGCCGUUGAUUCCAACGCGCCCCACGCCGUGCACAAACCCAACGACGAUGACCAGGACGCCGGAACAGAUGACGAUGAUCUGUACGGCGCCUGGGUCGGCAGCGUGGUUCUCAUCGGGCCAACAGAAGGAGACGGGAUGCUCAUCGCAACGUAUGACAUCAACGCCCUCUUCAUCCUCCCGGAAGCCCGGGGCACAGGGCUGGGCGCUGAGUUGGUUGAGAGCGCUGUGUCGGAGGCGCAGAAGCUUGCACGGGGUGCCAUGAGAGUGGUGGUCAGAGCCUUGGUCGUGCGCGGCAACGAGCGGGUGCUGAAGCUGUAUGAGAGAGCCGGGUUCGUCAACCGGGGCGUGGAGUUUGUGGGAGGGCAGCUGGAGGAGGCGUGGGUUCUGGUCAGGGACAUGGGCGGUAAUGCAGGUUGAGCUGAACGUGGAAAUGUGAUGUUUGUUAGACCGGGUCAGAGCAUUGGGUCAGAGGGUGGCGGAAUCGAUUUCGGUAAUCAUGUUCUUGACACAGGGUAUGCAGAUACUCUGUUUCACAGGCACAUUGCGAAGACAUCGCUGAAGCGAAUCGAAUGUUAUCGUUGGUAUCUACCG